UAUUCCUAGUCCAUUAUAGAGAGAGAGAGAAAGAGAAAGAGGACGAGUCGAAACUCAAAGCAAGAAGAAAAGGGACCUAGAUGGAGAAGCAAGAGGCGCAUCGUCAGGAGGGAAAGAGAGGCCAGGCCGAAGAGGGGAAGAAGCAGCCGAGCCUGGAGGGGCUCCCGAUCAAGGACAGCCCUUACAUGCAGUACAAGGACCUGGAGGACUACAAACUCCAAGGCUACGGCGCUCAGGGCCACCUGGAGCCGAAGCCCGGCCGUGGCGCCGGCACCACCGACGCCCCCACCAUGCCGGGCAGCGCCGUCUCUUCCGAGGCCGAGCUCGGCCCGGCCGAGGCCACCCAUCGUCAGGCAGUCCUCAAGUAGUUGGAACGUCUGUGAUCUUUAUGUGUUUGUGGAACAGAGAGUGCUAGUGGUUUUCUUUCUUUUGCCACGCUUAUGAUGAUGAAUAAACAUUCGACAUUGUCCAUUUCCUCAUUA